AUGCUGCCUUUUGUUUUACAUAUAAAGUGUUUCUCAUUUCCGUCUGCCAGUCGUGAAGACACAUUUGGAAGUACACAGAGUGUUGUAAACUGCCUUGUCCACCACGACACAACGCGCUUUACUGCGGUUUGGAUAAUGCCGAAAGACUGUUUCAACAGAAGUCCUUAUCAUCCUCUACAACUAACACUCAAAGAUGAACGCACGCUCUUAGAGCUCGAGAAAGACCUGGUCGAGGACACUUUCCGUAAGUAUGAAGAGUUUGUUACGAGCAGCUCACAGGUAAAUACUGCCCGCUGGAAUCAUGUCAAAUCCAAGGACGACCUCCACAUCUACGUCAAGCGCACCAAGACGACAACGGAAAAUAGACGACCUUAUCGAUGCAACCAACAAACAGAAAAAGAAUGCAGGAAAAAGCCCAUAGUGCUCAGCGUUGGGACGUUCAAAGGACAGCUAGAUGACCUCAUGUUCGGCACUGUGAAUCCAACGGAUGACAUUAUGCAUGUCAAAGCCUCAUACGUCCAUGAUUAUAGUGAUGGGGCUGUGCUGGCUACGCUUGUGAAACCUACAGCAACCGAUCCAUUUCGUUCUGUGACGGUCAAGUGGCUACGAAUCAAUUUGCCUCUGAGCAACACAAAGCUUACCAAAGACCGGGAUUUCCUCUGUCUUGAGGCCUCGGGCAUCUUGCAUUUUGCAAACGGUGAACGAGUUGGCUAUCUGAUGCUGCACUCGAUUGACUCACCGCUAGUGCAGCCAUUACCAAAUAUCGUACGUGCUAAGCACACUAUUACAGGGUUCUUCCGGCAGAUCGCUCCAAAUGUUAUCGAUACGUUUGCCUUUGACUCAGUUGAUCCCGGCGGUAAUAUCAUGGAAUCACUGCUGUUGUCUGUGUGUGCCAAUGCGCUGCUGUCGGCUACAAACUACGUCGAGUGCGGGCUGAUGAAAAAACUGACGUGGAUGCUGCAAAAGCGCCAGGAAUCACUGCGUGAGUGUAACUUGGCUCCGGUGCUGCGCCAUGAAGACAUCUGUAUCACGUGCAACCGUGAUCUUCAACCAUGUUGUGUCAGGAAUUGGUGGAAGGAUAAAUGCAUGAUGUGUUUGGGUGGGUUAUGCUUUGGAUGCAAGAAAGUGAAGACUAUUAGCUUUCUUUCGCCAGGUCGAAAACUAGUACGACAAAAGAUCAUCUUUUGUGGUGCGUGUGUUACAAUGGGCACUCGAGUGAGCGCUUUGGACGCAGCACGCGACCAAGCUAAUGGUUAUCAGCCCUACACUUCUACGAUUUAG